AUGAUGAAGACCGUUCAGUUCACUGAGGGCAUGGUUCUGAUAGAAUUGAUGAACCUAAGGGAAUCAACAUCACCACGUCAUGAUGAGAUUCCGGCGAAGAUGUUGAAUGAACUCGCCGGUGAGUUGGCUAAACCACUGUCUAUACUUUUCCAUACAUCCUUCGAGACCAGACAUCUGCCACCCGACGGGAAAUCAGCAUGAAUUACGCCGCUGUAUAAGGGCGGAAGUCGGGUCCCAGCGAACAAUAAGAGACUGAUCAGCCUCCAUUUGCUGCAGGAUUAUGGAGGAAAUAUGUAAGCAACAGCUGAUGCAGUUUCUUGAACAAAACCAUCUACUUUUCGAUUUCCAGCAUGGUUUACGAAAAGGCAGAUCCUGUGUGGCAAAGUUGCUCUACUGUCUGGAACACUGGACUCGGGCUGUUGAUAAAGGACACAUGGUGCAUGCGGUAUAAUUCGACUUAAAAAAGGCCUUCGACAGUGUGCUUCACGACCGCCUUCUGCACAAACUCAGCCGUAAAGGAGUGCGGGGUAAGCUUCUGAUGCGGAUUCGAGGCUUUUUACUCAGCCGCUCUCUAGCUGUCCAUGUCACUGACCAGCAGUUUGUCGAGGUUGCCGUUAAGAGUAGCGAUCAGGACUAACCUGAGGGGCCAUCCACUCAAAGUAUGCGUGGCUGGUGCCCGGCUGGACACACGAAAGUUCUUCUCCAACAGAGUGGCUACAGCAUGGAAUGUUUUUUUUCCUGAGGUCGUUGUUAUGUCGGGAUCCGUAGACACUUGUAAACAAAGACUAAAUCAAAAUUGAAGUGCGCACCACAAUGCCGCCGGACUGCAGCCGUCUCGCUAGCCGACACGGACAAUUAAGUGAUAAGACGAUGCUACUACCAAUAUUUAAGUAACCUCUGUUUAUGAAAUUUAUAAAUUUUGGGACCACGUUGCACACCGCUGCUCGCAUUCGCCAAGAUGCUUGAAGACUAAGAAAUUUACUACUUUUACUGUAUCUUGAGUGUGCCUCACCCAUCUGCUGUAUUUAAUCAACAAACGGAGUUCAAAUGUUAACUCACGAAAGUCUAUAUUCAUCGAUACAGGUUUUGAUAUUCCCAUUGUAUUUCUUUCAUGUUGCUUCCUGUCUUCUUUCUACAUAUACUUCCUUUGCGUUUAACCAAUAGUGAUUUUAAAGGUACGCACAUACUUUUCUUCAAAUACACUGAAGUGAACUGAACUGACAUCCACGCUUUCUAUUAGUCUCCUCACCAGGUGCCAAAUAAUGCCCAAAAGGGCAUGAAUGGCUGCAAGACACGUACUGAAGUACGGUUUGUACAGAAUAUGGUUGCAGUUUUCAGGAUUUGGUUUUUUUGUUUAAGUGAACUAACAGUAAACUCGGCUCACCACCUGUGCAACGCCCGUCUUCAAUUUGAUUGGCUGUUUCUGUGGGGACGAAUAGCAGGCUCUUGACAGACGUGAACUUCUGCUAUUUAAAUCUGUCAAGACCAAACCAUGAAGAUAGUAAGCUAAGUCUUGUGUCAUUUUACCUUAAUUUUGCUCGUACAUUGUAAGUUUUUAUUUUAGAGAUAUUUUAUAGUAUUGUUUUUAAGAAGCACAUAUGUGUUCUUAAACUCGUGCUGUUUUGUACGAAACGGAUGGCUUGUAUGCGUGAAUAUAAAAAAUCAAUUUAUCACAAUUUAGAAAAGUGCUAUACAAUUAGUUGAUGGACGUCUGCACUUCGUCCCGUUUUUAUUUAAUAACGGCUCUUUACUUAAUAGUAGUUGCCGACAAAUUUAAAUAAACUAUUCAUUUUUGAUUUGUAGCCGUGCAAAAUGUUAGAAGAGCAAGAGCUUGUGCUCGUGGUAGUGGGCUUUAUCAUAGCCUUUUUGCUGGCUUUCGGGAUAGGGGCCAACGAUGUGGCGAAUUCCUUUGGCACAAGCGUGGGAUCCAAAGUACUGAGUCUUCGGGGCGCAUGCAUUCUAGCUACUGUCUGCGAAAUUUCUGGUGCUAUUCUUUUGGGUAUGUUGGCCGUUUCUUACGUGACUUCAUUGCCAACUAGGGGGUCAUGUAUCAAAAACAAUAAGGGAAGGUAUCGUCGACCUCGCAUUAUUCAACAAUACGGACAAUGGACCACGAUUGCUCAUCUACGGCCAGGUAUCUUCGCUUGCCAGUAAGUUGAUUUUUGGAAGCCCCGAAACUGUGAACAAUAACCGUUAUCAAUAACUGAGUGUAAAUUUUGCUGCAGUAAUGAAAAGGUUUUAUGUUCAUAACCAGAAGCAACAUUAAUUGUGAUCCUCGCGUUAUUUGUGUCGUUGGCGAUGUUGCUAUGCUAGUGAUGCCGAAAUCGUCGCUUAUGAGUCAUCCCAUGAAGGAAGGUGACAAUCGUUGUUGUGGCCACUCACUCAAAUUUAAAAGUGAAUACAAUGUUGUGUGGGCAGUUGGAGAGAAUGUUUCAACAGCUGUCGAUCUACUCGAAGACUGAUUCCCACACUGAUUUAGGCGUAAUUGACGCACGAAAAUUCUUGCUUGUAUUUAAGUUUGUGUUUGCGUUUUCUUUUUUGCAUCUUGCCGAAGUUGGUCAUUAUUUGGUUAAAAAAUUCAAUGGCCUGGAAAUAUUGCACAACAUCUAGCUGAUACUGCAAUGCACCGUAAGCCUCGAACGUUGACCUUACAUAUCGCUUUUCCCCUACCUAGCAUUUCGGUUCGAAAGCAAAAAGUUACUCAGCAUUUGCAUGGUGUCCAGUAACGGUUUUAGAGCACAUGCUGGCGCCCUUUCACACUCGGUCAACGGUGUACAUGGCGUAAAUAACUAUUGAAAAAUUAAAAUUAAUUAUUAAGAUGGAAAAAGUCCUAGUCUCAUAAUUUUGCUGUGGUCGGUUGCUUAAGACUGGUACAUUAAGUCUGUCUUCUAAGGCCACAAAAAUAUGCCGCUGCUUCGGCUGCGCGUUAAAGUGCGACAAACCCUUAUUUUCUUCAACGCUCUAUAUUGUUGUUUUCUCAACUCUAAUUAGCAAAAUAUAUAAGAAUACUUUAUCGCUGGGAAGCUCAGCGAUGUCGAAAUCUCUCUGUGAUGUAUCUUCACUACUUUCCAGAGGAUUCAUACAUAGCCGUGUUUCUAGGAGAACUUUUCGCUGUAAAAACUGAGAUCUCAUUGUCUUACCUUUUUAUAUGUUAUGGUUCCCAAGUCUCUGUCGUGUUUUGAGCAUAUUUUCAAGGUGAGCGUUUGGUUAGCCACUUCCACCGCUAUCGCACACUUGUCAAAAAGCGUUUUGUGGACGUCCUUCUUUAUAAGGGACCACUUCUGAAAACGCAUCAUCGCAUUCACUAGUUUUGUUUCCGCUCGACAUCAAGAAGAAUUAUGGCGUGGGACAAAUUAGACUCCUUAAUUUAGUUUUUCUUUGCGCAUUUCACUACAAAAAUGUUGCGUAAUACAAACAUUCAAAUUAAUGCAUGACCGAAUUAUUUAACUUACAGGUGCCUGUAUAUGGAUGCUGGUCGCAACCUUCUUCAAGAUACCAGUUUCCGGUACUCAUAGUAUUGUCGGGGCAACACUCGGUUUCGGAUUAAUUGAGUUUGGAAUUAGCGGCAUCAAGUGGAUGGGAGUUCUAAAAAUUGGUGAGAAAUUCUAAUCAGGAACGACCAUUCAUCUUUAACAUGUCUUUCUUCACAUCUGACAAAAAGCGGAAUGCGUACAUAAAUAAAAAUUCUAAAAAUCAUGCCUAUUUCCUGACGCAGAAGACUUUGCGUCUAAUCGUUACUACAUGACGUUUUCCGUAAUAAAAGUUAAGUUGCAGAAAACAUUAAAAAUACAAGAUAAGAAUAUCUGAAUAUCAAGUUGGAUUAUUUAGUAAAUAUCGCGUUCACACGUUUCCAGUUCUAUUCACGUUUUUUAACUAUUGUACUUCGGCAUCCAAUUUUUGUUCUUACUUUGCUCUUCAUCUUAAUGUAAAAAGUUAGCAUGCUGGCCCAGCGAAUUUUAACUGCAAGUCUCUGUAUUUAAUUAUGGCUAUUAUUAUACUGUUUAUUUUCUUCUGAACACAGGCUGUGUAAGUUCGGUUUCUUAUUAGCCCCAUUCAUUCGUUCCAUGUUAUCAACAGAAGGCUCUUACAGACAGAUAGAUAUAGAAAUUCAUUAAAACAGAUUUAUAUCAAAAGAGACAUUUUUUUAUUAAAACGAAAGUCAACCGAAGCAUCUUAUUUUUCAUAGGCCCAAAGACCUUUUUGAUCGGAUAAAGAGCACACUCUUAGUUUCGAGUUCGGACUUAAAACGGCGCUCAAGAUCCUAAAAAUCUUAAAGAUUACACAUCAAACUAUUAUAUCUUCAAGACACUGAGUGCUCGCUGUUUCUUUUGGAAAACUAUGGCGCCCUGUUUAUGAUUUGAAAUUGUUUUUCUACUUCAGUUCUCUCCUGGUUCAUUUCACCCCUUCUGAGUGGUGCUGUCUCCGUAUUCAUGUUCAUGUUCUUCAAGCAUUUUAUUCUUAAAAAGGUAAACCUGUUUUUAACACUUGCCUUUAAAUUAGCGUUUACAUUAUCAUAAACCUCUAACAACCUUUUCCUGCCUAAAAUUUAGGAAAGACCCUUGGAACCAGCAUUGCGAUCUCUCCCCUUUAUAUAUGGUUGUACAGUCAUAGUGAAUGUGUUCUCGGUUUUAUUCGGAGGCAUUCCCAGUGAGUCCUCACGGUGAUACUUUUAGUGUCUAUUACGAAUGACUGUAUGCAGAUACUCAUUUGAUUUUCAAGCAUCCUCCCUCAGAAACUGGCCGCAUUAUAAAUGUUCUAAAUCUGACGUGCUUUUCAUUUCUAGUUAUAAAGUUGAAAAUUCCCGUCUGGAUUGUUUUCGUCGCUUCGAUCGGGGCAGGUCUCUUAACAGCUUUAAUUGUUCAAUUUCUGGUGGUUCCUUACCUCCGGAAAAAGGUUCUGAGUAAGUUCAACCUUUUUUUUUCAUUGAUUCACGAUGAUUUAUUGCAAGCGUACCUUCGAUAUGACUGUGCAAAUGAAUUUUAAUAUAGAUGAUAAUGACAAAAAUAUCCAAGUUUCACCUUGUGUGCAGUUGACCUGAAACAAAAGGUGGCUAGAAAAUGUCUUCAUGAUUGUUCAAAUAAAAAUGUACAGUUUAUAGGACUGAUUAGCGAUAUGCGUUCCUAACUCUUCAAGUGUACUGACAUCUGCUAAAUCAUGGCUGCUGUUAUUUCCAACGCAGACUACUUGGAACUUUUGAGAAAGCGUGAGGAAGAGGGCUAUGAGGACGACGAGGAGGACAGCUGGUUUUUUAAAAUGCGACUCGCUGUGGUCAAUGCAUAUGAAAGCAUGCUCGAUUACCUCUAUUGCCGGAAAUGCCGUAAGCACCGAAAAAAGAAUAAUACCGCGAUGGACGCAGAGGGUCAAAUAACCAACAACAACCACCGUAAGCAUAUUCUUUCUUUGUAACUUCCUACUUUGCUUAUGAUCACUUUUUAUCGCCUCUCCGCAAGGGAGAAAGUAGCUCUCCAUUAUCUUUCAGUCAGUGAUCGAUAUCAUGAACUGCUAACCAAAAUUCUGAAGUACCGCUCCAAUUAGGAGGAAUUACUUAAGUGGUGUUUUGAGCCCAAUCAUCAUGCGGCGUAAUCCUGCAAUAUUUCAGAAACGUCAGGAUGUUGGCUCUUGUGCCCACUUCAUUUUGGCUGCCUGCAAAAUUUGUAGUCGACAGAAAAUGACUACCCAUAUAGUGUGUAUCCCUUCUGUCGAGGUCGAUGCCAUUCUGAAUUCGAAUAUAUUUUAUAGAUAAUAUGCCGAAUAUACUAGUUUUGCAGUAAUUUGAUGGCAAAUCUUGUCUUCUUCCAAGUUCGUGCUGGAAAUACGGAUGCACUUCUGUUUUAAAAAGUUUUCAUCGUUUGGUUUUUUUAAAAUCAUACAAUGCCUAUUCACAUAUUAUCGUAAGUGUCUAUUUAAUAUCACUUCUGGAGAAGUAUUCAGAUAAAUCCACAUGUAUGGAGUAUUUUGUGAGCUAUGUAUGGCACAUUCUGAAUGGCGUAGAGCAACGUAUGACUGCCAUUUCACAGAGCGCAUGCAGCUCUGAGAACCCUAAACGCAAAUCCAACGACAAAUCAGAGCUACAAUUACUUGGGGAUUGAAAGGUUCUUAUAAAACUUGAGGAUAUUCCUUUUUCAAGCAUAAAAUUAAAGGGAAACUAAUUUGCUGCCGAAUCAGUACAUGAAAGAACACUACUGUGCAUGUUUUUAGUAAGAUAUCUUUGAAUUUAUGAGGACAUGGGGAAUCAAAAAUGGUUGCUACUUUAGUGAUCAUCUUUUCAUCUAAGGUGGCGUUUGCAAACGGCCGCAAAGGCGUGCAUUCAAAAGGUAACAUCCUGGCGUGUCUAAAAUAUCUUGGGAUUACGCCGUAUGAUAAUUAAUAUCUCGGCCCCAAUUAAAUAGUCCUUCCUAGGCGAGUACGCACUCAAAACGUCGGUCAGCGACUGUAUAUGGCGCUAUUAAUUCGUACCGGCUGAAGUUCCUUAUCCGAGUUUGUGUUCAAUAAAAAUUUAAGUCGAACGAGGAAUAUAUCUUGGGUAGGUUUCAGAACCAGGAACUGAGACAGUCGUCGUUGUAGGCUGCUCCUUCAGGUAUCUGUUAACCCUUUUACUAUACGUAACCGUAAAUACCUACGUUUAUAUGGUUCCUCUAGAUAAGUGCUUUGCCUUUAUUAACAGUUUGAAUUUAAGAAACUUGUUAAAAACUAAAGCCUCAGUACUUUCCUGAGACAUUCUGAGGGUAGCAGAAUCGUAACUCCAGUGUCUCUUGACGAGCCUUCGUGAUAGCACCAUUAUCAGACUCCAAAUAGUUCAUCCAACCUGUGGUGUCACUUUCUUUUAAGCCCAUUUUCGCAUUAGGACGACCUUCGCUAAGUGGAAGCGAGAAAGAGUUUAAAUGGAGCAUUAUAAGAGACGGGUGUAAAUUCCCAUUUUGCUCCUUGUAUUUUCUGUGUGAAAACCACGCCUUUAUCAGCAAAACCCUUUCCGUUCUUCCCACAUGUAGACAUGCAGUAAUAAGUAGCGUAAAUCCUUAUUGUGCCGGGCAAACUCCAUAAUAAUGCUGUCAUGUUAGUCCUCAGGUCAAAAAUACACAUCCAUCAGUAUGAAUACGUCCUAGCUUUUUGAUCGGACGAAUUCUCAAGUUAGGAACCCUCCCAGUCAUCCUGACUGAUCAUAUUUGGAAGGAUAACACGCGAUCAUAGGAGAAACCGAUCGUUUUGCAGAGAUAACCGUCGUUCCAAAAUUAUUUACUCGAUAUAAAGUGCCGUUCGACCUUGAUCAGCAUUCCCACCUCGGACAAUUUAAAUAUUCGCUGUGCACUCAUGUCAGUCUCUCUCAGUUAGGACGGCAUGGAAACAUACAGAAUAAAAGCAAAGUUCGCACUACAAAAAAUCCAACAAUGCAUAAUAUACUAUUAGACUUUUUAAAAACCGCAAUAUACAAUAUUUUCAACACCAAACUUGAAAAAUCAAUUUCCUCCAGAACUAUCAUUAGGCGGCAAAUAUUCACUAGCUGGUUCGAGGAAAAUCAGAUGACUUCCCUGAACUCUCCAUGAUCUAGAGCGGGGCAGGCACUUCCUGCUAGUUAGAAAGUUCGUUGAUGGAGACUAAGAGCACUACCAAUAGACGCGAAGAGCACUACGGUGUUUGCAUCUAGCGCUUGGGAGUUUUCAGCACCUUUUCAUGUAAUAGCACUCUAAAAGACUUCAUGAAGUGCUCCAGGUGGAAUUCAAGCGUGCCUAAGAGAUGGUUUAACCCGGUUUUAGCUUUCAUCCUAUAUUUAAGCCAGCGCAGAGUCCCGUUCUGUUGUCCAAUAUAAGCGUGCUUGUUUCCGUCUGUGGAGAAGACUGUUGAUUAAGGUGCUGCACUUAAAGUCGGUUCUCCCGGGAAGGUCGACGUCAUAGUAGAGGUCGAGUGGAAAUUGGAGCAGGUAUGCGCUCCCAGCAGUACUAUUUUUGCGGUAUAAUGUGAUCCCAUUUCUAAUAGAAGCGAAAAGGCGAGUCCCAGGAAGCAGUCUUGAAGAAGAAGGCACGAUCGCCGGGACAAGAGCUUUAUUAGCCUGAUCCCAUUUCUGGCAGAUCACUACUCCUGUUCGCAAACAAUCAAUAUGCUUCAGUGUGGCAGUGCUGAGGAGGCUGUCCAAGGGGAUAGACUAAUUCUGGAAGGCGUGUGUGAUAACCGCUCCUCGAGCCUUACUGUCCGUUGAGUGCGACGCUGUCUCUGAACAGCGGUCACUGAGUCAUUGUGGUCAAUAUUUCACUAAUUGUGAGUACGGGAGGUGCGCACAGCUGUAUGUCCUCUCAUCUUUCAGACUCACUUAAUCCUAUUUAUUACUAUUGACUGUCUGUGUCGUCUAUAGCGGACUGGUGUCGGCCGUUGAUUAGCAACUUACACCCCCUCAUACAGUAGUAAACGUCAAUUUGAUCAACGUUCGGACCUUCACACUCUUUUUUGACUCACCAUAUUUAGCUUCCUGCCGUCAUCCACCGUCAAAGUGGCCUUAUUUUUUGCUUCCACUAUGCACACUGAGGUGCAACGACAGCAUGAAGUCUAGCGACUACUCCUCGAGUUGGGCUUUUCUCUCUCAUGAAAAAGGAGUGAGCAUUGCGGGAACAUGACCAUACGCCUGCCUCACUCCAAAACACAACUACUCAUUCCAACACCGACUGCAUGUUACUAGUGACUUUUGUCUCCAUGUCCGGCCUAAGGGGAAGAGCUCUUAUCCCAAUCUGUCGUAUUUUAAGGAUUGCCAUGCCCUCAGUGAUCAGGAUUUUUAACUGAACGUUGUAAAAUAAACGUCCUGUUGUGAAUCCGAAUACUUAACAGCUUCAAAUGUCUACCGUAUGCAUUCACUCAGCCACUCUAACAGAUAAUAAGGUGCGGCAAAGGUUGCAGCAACGGUUCAUGGUCUUCAGUGCUGAAGCAGUAUAACGGUUCGACAAUUGUUUCAGAUUUGUACUGUCUUCUGUUUAUCUGGGUGCAUCAUUAUGUUCGGACGCACUUUUUUCUUAUUCCAGGCAAUUUUAGUCCCCAGGCAAUAAGGACUUCAUCCAAGUGCCUCUUUAAAUACAUUACCUAUUGCAUUUUAAUCGGUUUCCAGUACAAACUAUUGCGAGCGAUGAGGCAAUGCAGGAAGCCGUCAGACGUCACGAUGAGCAUAUUGCCAAGUCCGACCUCCAGCGGUCACUGGCCUCCGAGUCUACGCUACUUGACCGCGAAACGCCAGAGAAAAGAGUAACUGGUGGGUUUUAACUUUUUGGCAGAUUUGCUGUUGACAUUAGCUUGGUUAGAAGGGUUAAGACAGUUCCUAUCUGCUCUACCUCCCCCUGUGUUAUGUGGCCGUAACCUCCCCCUCCCUUGUGUUUGCUGACGCAGACUCAAUUGGCGCGGACUCCCAUCCUGGAAGUCCGACAAGGGAUGACAAUCAAAUGGAGGAUCAAGGAAUCGAGGACGAUGUGCUCACUGUAAGUUCAAACAAUUUGGAGUGGAGUGCGACGAUUUGCAUGCACGUCCUUAUUAUCCCAACGAAAACUUGUUCCUUCUACUACUUUAAACGUCCUGUGUCAAUUUUUAAGCACAAAGUGGGGGUUAAGAUUUCUGGAGGAAAUCUCACAAAACCAGGGUCAAGAUGGCUGGUAUGUCUGUUAGUCGUAGGCUAAGUUCAUUAGCAGGUCACCUUGCACUACCCACUAACGCCGUUGAAUACAUCUCGCAAGGACAUGAGUAGUAUGAUCUUCCACAAUAAUUGUGCGUGGGCGUAUAGACCCAUAAUGACACAUAUGAAAAAUGCUUUCGCGAAUGCACUUCCAGCCGGGUUGUCUAACAAAUCUUAAGGAUUUCUGACAGACAAGUUAGUUAACUUCACAGGAGGGCAGACGGUCAAGCGUCUCUUGCCAAUAAACGCAUUGAACAAAGGGGUAGGUGGGCACAUUGACUUUGUAGCCGAGCGCGAGCAAUUUUGCGGACGAGUCAUCCCGGUGUACCGGCUUGUUGUCGUUUAAUUUGUCUUGGCACUAAAAUUUGGCUUAAAAUGCCUUAUUUUCCUUUAUAAGGAGGCUUUUGGAAUUCUCCCUUAAACACCGUAUCUGCCCUUAAAUUUCACGUUGCAGUCCUAUGUAAUGCCUUAACGAUCAGAAUCAAGUUACUAAUAGGGGUAAUCAAAUACUUAUCUUUUGCCUUAGCAAACCAGUCGAGUGCUCGUCAAGGACCGUCCCGAGGAGGCCCGAGUAUUCUCCUUUGCACAAAUCCUCACCGCGACUUUCGGUUCCUUUGUGCAUGGCGGCAAUGACGUGAGGUAGGCAUAUAUGCAUAUAUUCUUUUGAAAGAGAGAGGGAGAGAGACAGAGUGAAGACGGACUCUUUGGGUUCAGGGUAAGGGCCUUUCAGCAGUAGACGGUGCGGUCUGCUAACCACUGAUAACCUAUCAGGCUGCGAUGCAUCAGACGGUCUUCAGCGGCUUGUUCUGUUCGUGCAACUCGGUUCGAGCGUAAUGAACAAGGAUGCUCAUCGGGUGUCCAAGGACGAGAUGGGCGCAGGACGCGGACUUGCGCGUGGAUUAGUUUAUGGUGAUAGCAGAGUGACGCAGCAUCUGCCGCGCUGUCUCCUCUCUCAUCAGCCUGAGCCCGGUGGCAAGACAGAGUCAAAAGCACCAAAGGAGGGUUGGGGCAGUAGUUGAUAGAGCAAGGGACCGUCUACGCGUGCCACACACACCCUAGUCUGGGACCAGGUUUUCACAGAAACAAAUCGGGCGGUUUGCAGUCCCUCUGAGUUGAAGUGCCAUAUAGACUGGGUUAAAAGAGGAGUCACUGCAGCCUCGCCAAUCCUUGAGAGAACCCUAGGUCUUCCCCUGAAGUAAAGGAAUUCCCUUGGCUGGUUUGUAAUACUGAUACGCACAGAAUACUGCUGCCCGACUGACAUUUAAAUUAGUAUUAUUCCAACCGCCUACUUUGGUUUUAAUAAGCGGCAAAAUCACUACGCUUCGUUUGACUGCUACACUUAAGUAAAUACUAUUUACAACAAAAGGUCGAAAAAUUAGCGAAACUAUUGGCGUAGCACUUUUUGAAUUAUAGAGUUUGAUUAUCCGCUUAUUAUUGGCCAGACAAACCAGGUGUUUAGGUUUUUUAAGAUUUACGAGGUACCUCCUAUGCGCUUUUUGCGAAACCCAUAUCAAACUCCCCCUCAUCUUAGACAGAGGAAUCCCACUAGUUAGAAUAAUGGUGAAAAGUGUCUUACGGCACAUUUCUGAACGAGGUCUGCGAACUCCGUAAAUAUAAGACUACAGGCCCCAUAUAAACAAACAUUUAUAGCUCAAAAGCCACUUUUUAAAUAACUGUUUUGGAGAAAACGCAGCCAAAAAUAUCAAUAUGAUCGACGGGCUUACAGCUGGUCUGGAUGACGAGAGAAUAAACCCAAAAACGCAUUUAUCCAUCUACUCAGCAUUUCCGUUUGAUGUGUCAAACAUAUAUAGUGAGACGCGAGGCUCAAGAUGCUUGCUAGCAAACAACCCGCAGGUAACGGAAAAUUUGAAUACUAGCUUCAAUAAGGAAAAUCAGAAUGUCCGUGUAUGCUUUUAGUUCAUAUGCCGUGCUUGAGUUCAGAAGUACAUUUUGAAACAUUCAUUGGCUUUCAGUAAUGCCAUAGGGCCCCUGAUUGGACUGUGGAUGGUGACGACUACCGGCUCGGUCGUAACUGAAAAAAUGACACCCGUUCUCCUCCUAGUCUAUGGGGGUGUUGGAAUAUCCAUUGGCCUCUGGGUUUGGGGUCGAAAAGUGAUCCAGACAAUCGGUGAGGACCUGACUACAAUCACUCCCUCCAGGUUUGUUACACCUUGUCACACCUAUUUUAUCCGCCCUCUGACUAAUUUGUAUUAAAAAAGAUUUCUAGGCGACUUAGCAAACAACAUGUGGAAUUUAAGUUUACCCGUUAUGAGAACAGUUAAUUUUCAUAGUUAGGAAACAGCGAGAGACUGCCGAGUUGUCAUGGUCGUUGAGCAGCAUCAAGGUAUUGAAUUGUCUUUUGGGUCUUACAAGGAUCUGUGGCAGUCUUAUUUGCUUAAGAGAUGUUAUCAAUUUUUUUAGUUCUUAUAAACAAGUAUUUUCUGACUCUUUGGUAAAAAUAACCUAAACCGAAAAUAAUUCGAUGAUUUUGUCUGGAUGGAGAAAAUAACUCUAGGUUGUCACAGCAGUUGUAAGCUGAGUCUUACAUAUGCAAAAUGUCUGCUAAUUGUUUACUACCCUUACAAAGGCAUAAAUCGGGCAUAAAUCACGUGCUACACCUAGACAAUGCUUGUGAAUCAGGAACCCCCUCAGAGGCGAAUAUAUGCAUAAAUUAGCCGAAAUAGGCCACUGUAACCUAAUAAGCAUGGGGCGAGUUAGCUAGCAUAAUGGUAUCUGUCUCCAGGGAACAUGCCGCACACGUUCUUCUCAAGCCCAUGCAACCAGUUUUUCCACGUAGCCUCAAUGUUCGCUUGGGCAAGGGGAGACAUGAAAUGACAUAUGCGUAUGGGAACACUAAUCAUAGAGUCAAGUAGAGUUAACAGUAUUCAAUUGACAGAAGACCCGACAAUUUGGUAAAUUAGCGACAGUCCCGUUAGGUUUGGUUAGGUUUCUCUUAUAAUUUGCGUUCUGUCUCGUUUCUAAGUGCCCUGUGAACUGGAAUUCAGGAAGUUCUCGCCCAUGCGUCAAGACCGUAGUCGAGGACGCUAUGGGUCUGUAUGGACAUGAGAAUGAAUUCUUUUUUCGAUUUUAUUGUAUACUCGUUAACUUUAUUGUUUAUGCGCGUCAUUGGAAGAAUGCGGACAGUCUUAAAACAGCUAAACCGGGCACUUUGACUGCCGACUAUGGCGGUUCCGCUUUGCGAGGCUGAAAUCAUUUACAUAGGAGCCCGGUUUUCCGUACCAAACUAUGGUGAGUGACCGAUCUCAUGAAAUGUUGGCCAACAUUCUAGAAUGCGUUUCCGAUUAGGAAUGAUUACUUACGUGGGGUUGUUAUACUGAUUAUCCUGUAGCAUAACCCUAUAACAUUUCGGACUCACCAGGUUGUUGGCUUUUGAAUGCACUUCUUUUUGACCUCCUGCAGAAACUACACUGGGUAAAAAUGACUACUUAAGUGGCAUGCAUUUUUCUUAUUGAUUAUCGAUUGUCUUAUAAAUUUGAAUAUAUUUUAUAGAAAACAUGCACAAAAUAUGCUUUCUUUCGCUCAUUUGGUAGGAAACCAUAAUGUCUUCAUAUUGUAUGCCCGAAGAAAGUGUGUAUUUAGGUUUUAAAAAAGAUUUUAAUUAUGAGAUUUUUAAGACCGCGCGAUGUUCAUGCGUGCAAGACCGCACAUGUCCGUUUACUAUUGCUCCUCAUGAAAUGUACAACACAGUCCGGAUCCAAUGCAAAAUUUCAUGAACCCUAUGUGGUAUCUUCUUAAGGGCAUAGGGUAAUAGAUGAUUCUCCUCACGCGGAAGGCAUGCACCUUGUAGACUGGAAUUGCCAAACGCUGACGUAAUGGCAGAUCAGGCUGAAAAUUAUUCGAGAAUUGGGAAGCUUUUUUAAAACCUAAGUACACACUUUCUUCGUGCAUAAACUAUCAAGAUAAUGUGAUUUCCUACCAAAUGAGCAAAAGAAAGCAUAUCUUUUGUGCGUGUCCUCCUUAAAAUAUAUUUGAAUUUAUAGGACCAUUGAAAAUUAAUAGGAAAGAUGCAUGCUACUUAAGUAGUAUCCUGGCGAGUUCAGUACCUGACUCCAGAACCAAAACGGUUCCCCAAUUGUUGAAUUCUAGUCAGCACUUUAAUAGUUGAUUCCUUAUUUAAACUUAUAUUCAAUAGGUACUCACAAUAUAGCACGUAAUAGAUGGCGUUUCUUCGAGUCUAAGCACCUGUGUUUUUAUUUCGGAUUUUUUUAGCGGUGUAUGCAUUGAACUCGGUUCCGCAGUGACCGUUUUGGUGGCCAGUAAAGUUGGCAUUCCAGUCUCCACCACGCACUGCAAAGUGGGCUCCAUAGUUGUUGUUGGCCGUGCACGCGCGAAAGAGGAUGUCAACUGGAAACUCUUCAUCAACAUCAUCAUCGCUUGGGUUGUAACACUGCCCGUCUCAGCAGGCAUCUCUGCCCUCGUCAUGUACAUAUUUACCCACACCUGA